CAGCCGGCUCGGUCCACUUCCUGGCGAUACCAAGCGUUGAACUUGGAGUCAAGACAACUGCAUGUGACUUAAAAAUAAAAUAUUAAAGCCUUAGACUAGACUCUCGAAACCCAACCAAAUAACAGCUGUGGUUUGUGUCUAAAACAUAGGACUGACAUUGAAUUCAUCCAAUCAGCACAUUAUACUCCCCAAACAUUUGGCAGUACUUGCAGGAAACAAAGGUCGGUGAAACUUAAAAAAUAUUUGGAAAAAAAAACUUGCAGUCAUGUCUUCAAACGGUCCCCAUAUAAAUGGUUAUAACGGUAUAAAGGACAGCACGCCGGUGGCCGGUCAUAUUCUCGUCACAGGGGGAGCUGGCUACAUCGGGUCUACCUUAGUGCCUAUGUUGUUGGAUAAGGGAUAUGAGGUCACAGUGUACGACCUUUUUUUGUGGGGCAUCAGCCCAUUGCUGCCAGUGGCAGAGAACCCCAGACUUCACAUCAUCAAAGGUGACAUACUGGACAAGGACAAGCUGGCGGAGGUGAUGGAAGGUAAGACAGGCAUCAUCCACCUGGCAGCCAUUGUAGGCUACCCCGCCUGCGACAAGGACAAGGACAAGGCCCAGCAGGUGAACGUGGAAGGCACCAGGAACAUCACGGACCUGAAGAAACCCCACCAGGCCCUGGUCUACGCCAGCACCGGUUCCUGCUACGGCGCCGUGGACGGGGUCUGCACAGAGGAGACAAAGAUCAGCCCCCUGUCCUUGUACGGCAGCAGUAAAGCUGGGGGGGAGGAGCUUGUCUUGAACAGCAACGGCACCGCCUUAAGACUGGCAACUGUGUUUGGUAUCUCCCCCCGCAUGAGACUGGACCUCCUGGUCAACGACCUGACAUACAGGGCGCUCACCAUCAAGAGAUUUGACCUGUACGAAGGCCAUUUCAGACGCACGUUCCUUCAUGUUCGGGAUGCUGCACGCGCUUUCCUGUUUGCCAUAGAAAACACCAAAGUCAUGUCAGGCCAUGCGUACAACGUUGGGGAUGAGAAGAUGAACUUGACAAAGAACGAGGUGGCCCAGGUCAUACAGAACAAAAUCCCUGACUGCCAGAUUGUCUGCUCCACAGACGGAGAAGACAAAGACAAACGUGAUUACGAGGUCAGCUAUGAGAAGAUUCGCAAGCUUGGUUUCCGGUCCACGAUCACUGUGGACGAAGGUGUUGUACAUUUACUCAAAGUCUUGCCCAACAUGCUGGACAUUGAGUUACAAAGAAGCAAAAAUGUCUAGUAGUUACUCAUUUCUCUCAUGGGUCUAAAGGGGGUGGGGGGGUGGUAUUUAUAUUUGUCUUGGAGACAAGUUGUUUACCAGGGACAGCUUAAACCACCAAAAGUUGGAAUUUGAAGAUGUAACUAAAAAUAUUUUUUAAAAAGUACAAUUUUAUACAGAGGUAUCGAGACAAAAUGACUAAAAAAAGAUGCUAUGAGUCUCAGGUUUCUGAAAUGAAAAUAAAAACAUGGCCAGGGAUCUAGUGUGAUUUGGUGACCAGUAGACAUUUUUUUUUUAAAAUGUGAAUUUGAACCUUUUCUUAAAUACAUUCCUGCUUUAUAGACAUCUUUAGUGUUCUCCCAUGCUUUGUGUUCUGUUAUUUGUCUUUGCCACCUUUUUUUUGGAUACAUAAUUUAGAAUGGGCUUUGUAACAAAUAAAACUAAAAGUAAAUAUUAAUUGUUACGAAUAAUGUCUAGUUUUCUAAAAUUUGAAACCUGUGUUUGUCGCGUUCCAAUAUUCAGGAUUAAAUGCAACACUUUUGACACUUCUGUUCAAAAUUUAGGGAUAAAUUUGAAGUUCAGAUGUUAAAAGUGAUAAACUUCAAUACCCAAUGUGUAAGAGUGUCCCUUGAUGGGGGUUUAAGCUGUCCUUGAAACUUGAUGUGUAUACUUUGUGGUUGAUUCCACUUGUCAUUGUAAUUAUGACCAUUAGAACUUGAAAAAAUGUUGACACAUAAAUCUCAAAGCUUUGAACCAAUCAGCUAUUGUAUAGCAUAAUACUGGAUGUUAUUUUACUGUUUUCUAUGAGACAUAAGGCCAUUUACUCAUCUCUCUGAUUUGCACAGUUCUGUACUGUUUAAUUAAUUGAUGUUACCUUUCUGAUGCCUCCAAGACUCACAAUUUUCUUGCUGACUUCUAAAAAUGUUCCCAUCUGUUUUUGCUGGACAAAUUUAACCCUUAAUGGCCUUGUUUUUAGGUUUUCUACAUAGAUCUUGGGACUUAGGGAGGGGGGAGGGGGUAAGGUAGGAUCUUUAGUUCUGUGCUCCUAGAUUUCAAUUUUUCUGUUCUGUUCAACAGCACAUGUGACAUUGGAAUUGAAUUCUUAGAAUGUAACCAAUAGCAGAUGUUUUUAUUUCCCCGCACAUAUCUCAGCAAUGUAAAGGCUUGAAGUUCUCAUGGCUGCGUCUCUCUAUUUGUUCAUUGUGAUCCAAAUUCAUUCACUACUACUAUGUGAAUAGUUAUUCUAGAGUAAAAAACAUUCAAGAGUUUUAAACGUAAACUUUCUGAAUUUUUUUUUUUAACAAGUGUCAAUUUUCUUAAUUUAAAAUUAAUUUGGUUUCACAACUUUUUUCAUUGCUUAUACAUUGGUAUGGCCCGGCCAUUUUUUUCUCUUCUCCUAUGCAUCAGGUGUAUUGUAAGUGGUUAGUGAUUUAGAUUUACUUUACAUUAUUUUAGUAGUCAUGGUUUCCAGUUUGGGCUCAUUGUACGACCAAUCUGGUGAUUAUAUAUUUACAAAAAUGUCAUUUUUUAAAAUUAAGCUUCAUACUGUUAUAAAUAGAACAGGGGAAAAGGAUGUUUAACUACGUCACCUUGGUUUAUUUUUAUUUUUAGCUUGCUUUUUUUUAGGGAAUUGCGUUAGAAUGUCAAUGCUCAUGUAUUUAAUGGUACUUUUUGAUAUCCUAAUUGUUGGGAUUUAUGUUUAAGGUUUAGAUUAUUUUAUAAUGAGGUAGAGGAAAUAAAAACUAUUAAAAAUGCCAACUUUUGUAGAGAAGUGUUGACUCUCUAAGCUAAUCUGAAAGGAAUAAUAAUAGCAAUAAAUGUGUUGAUUUUUUUUUUUACAUUGAUAUGUACUUAUGUAUUGUUUUCUUGAUAAAACUUGCAUUAUUUUGAAUGUAUCAAUACUUGAUUGUGUCAACCAUAUCUGUUUACUCUUAGCUUUUUAUAUUUUGAAGUUUUUAUUGAUAACAUUUUUUAUUUUAUUUUAUGUUAGAUGUGUCCGUAUUUGAAUAUGUCAAGCAUAUCUUUUUACUGUAAGUUUUACAAGUAGUGAUGAAAAAAUAUUUGUAUUGAGUGAUGUGUAAUAUGCACAUAGUCUUGGCACAAAUCCACACAGCAAGUUGAUGUUUUAAGACAUGGAAUACUGAUUUAGAUAUGUGAUUGUAGAUCCAACAUUCACUGAAUGAUGCAACAUUCAGUGGAUGUUUGCUAUAUGCAACAGGCAGUGAUAUGCUGUACAGAGGCUUUGAAACCAGAUCUUGGUUUGAAUGCUAGGCUGAUCAGUAUUUAAAAAAUUUGAUAACAGGUUUUUUUUUAAUUUAAAAAACAUUUAUCUGAAAAAAAUAUAUCUUUUUUUAUAUGAAAUAAUUUACAGACUUGAUACAUUCCUAUAAUUUCUUUAAAAAAAAAACAAGUUUAAUUUAUGUUGUAUAUUAAUUAGUUUAAAUUAUAAUUUUAUCAUGAUCUAUGAACGUCAGAAGGCCUUAUGAUUUUGUAUGUAAAGUGCUCAGGAAGUUUGCUUCAUUUUUUUUUGUAUGGAGAUAUUUAAUGUACAAAUGAAAAUUUAUUUCAUAAUUUUUAUUUAGGAUUGAGCGUGUUUGAUUUUUAAAAAUUGUAACCAAUGGUUGAUUAUUUCAUUGUAUGAUCUAGCGCGUCAGUCAGCGAGGUGAACUGUGAUGACCUGUGUGCUCAUUAAAAAUUAACUGGCUUAUUUUAAACACGUGGGUAAUGGACUGGCAUCGUUAUAAAGGCAAUAUACAAUC